AAGAGGAAGGGAGAAAUAAAUCAAAACGUGGAGAGAAUCUCAGGCAGCUGAAGAAAAGGACGGGAGAGAAAGAAGCUGACACCCGGCAGAGAUGGGGGAGCAGCCAAUCUUCAGCACCAGGGCCCAUGUUUUCCAGAUCGACCCUGCCACCAAACGGAACUGGAUCCCUGCCAGCAAGCACGCUUUGACUGUCUCCUAUUUCUACGAUGCCACACGCAAUGUGUACCGGAUCAUCAGCGUGGGGGGCACCAAGGCGAUCAUCAACAGCACUAUUACCCCCAACAUGACCUUCACAAAGACGUCCCAGAAGUUUGGACAGUGGGCAGACAGCCGAGCCAACACAGUGUACGGGCUGGGCUUUGCUUCGGAGCAACAUCUCUCCCAGUUUGCAGAGAAGUUCCAGGAAGUGAAAGAAGCAGCCCGUUUGGCGAGGGAGAAGUCCCAGGAUAAAACAGAGCUGACCAAUCCUGCCCUGAAUAUCACAUCUCACCAGGUACUCCCGAGCCCCAUCAUCAGCUCCAAUGGGCCAGGAGAAGAUAAACUAUUCCGGAGCCAAAGCGCCGAUGUUGAGAUAACAACAGAGAAGGAGCGGCUGAAGAAGAUGCUUUCAGAAGGUUCGGUGAGCGAGGUCCAGUGGGAGGCUGAAUUCUUUAGCCUCCAGGACAACAACAACAAGCUCGUGGCUGCUCUCCAUGAAGCCAAUGCCAACGUGGACCAGUGGAAGAAGCAGCUGGCUGCUUAUCAGGAGGAGACGGAAACGCUGCGGCAGCGGGUAGCAGAACUGGAGUCACAGGGGGCUCACGAUUCCUCCAGCGAGAACAACAAGGAAGAGCUGAGCCAAACCCUGGAGGAGCUGGAACUACUGAUCAAGGCUAAAGACGAGGAGAUUCAGAUGUUAAAGAGCCAGAAAUGUAGUCGAUGGGAAACAGAGAGCGAGCGUGAGGAGACACUGCAGAAGCUGCAGGAGCUGGAGGCACGCAAUGCAGAGCUGGAGAGGCGCCUUCACCUGGCCGAGCAGACGCUGGCGGAGACCCUGGCUGAGAGGGAGAAGAUCCAGAAUGAGGUCACCAAGGUGGCAGAGAUAAUGGAUGUGAAGAUAUUUGAGCUCAGUGAGAUCCGGCAGGGACUAGCAAAGCUGGUAGAGAGCAACUGAGCAGCAGCACGCUCAGAGGAGACGCCUCUGGAGGAGGGGAGCCCGAGCUGGGACUGGUCACUGACAGCAAUUACAGUCACAGAACAGCCUCGAUGUCUGUUUGGGCAGGAUAUGCCAACAUACCAGCAGCUGCCUGGACAGCGUGGAGACCAGCCGCAGCCACUUACUGCCCACUGAACACCCAGACAGAGGGCAGAGAGCACCUCAGCUCCUGAAUCCUCUUCACGGAGCAUCUACAAGUCACAGCCAGACCUCUCUGGACCCUGCCGUGGCUGUGGCACGGUCCAGAGACAGCAGCUGUCCCCGUGCUGCCUUCCCAGCCUCCCUGCUGCCACACUGUGUCUCCCAACGUUUUUACAGUUUUCUAGGGGAAGGGGCUGAGCAGCCUUCGUGUUUUUUUUCAGUAGUUUUUUAGGAAACCACUUGCCUUUUCCAAACAAGCUGCCUGUUUACCCACCUAGAGAGGGAGGAGAAGUUCUAGCACACCGAGGACAGCAGUUGUUCCCUUUCCUCUUCCCCAGCCCUAACUAAAUCGUGUCUUUCUAACAGGAUCCAGUAACACUGGUCACUGUCAGGAGCUUCCAGAGGUAGCAGAGUCCCCACUGCAGAGAAGGGGACUGCCUGUCCGUGUGUCCUUUCCACUGUUCAGUCACAUCCUCCAAAGGAAAAAGAACUUCAGGUUUUAAAGCUCUUAUUAGUUUAACACAGUGGGAUUUAAUGACUUGUUAAAACUUUAAGCUGAGAAGAGUAGAGGCUCGGUUGGGAAAGGGGCAUUUGAGAAAUGGGACAUCCCCAAGGGGGUGACCAACAAACUGCUAGAUUGGCAUCUCUCCCAGCCUCUAAGGGCUGCAGCUAAUUGAAAUUAAAUGGAGCAA